UAAAUAUCAGGUCAGAGAAAACCCUAAUCCACAAGAAGACCUUCAAGCGUCGUAGCCGGAGAGAGCCGCCAAUUCCGUCGUAAGAAGAAUCCUCGUAAUCAAUCAUGGGUAAGGUACACGGUUCAUUGGCUCGUGCCGGUAAGGUGAGAGGUCAGACACCGAAAGUGGCAAAGCAGGAUAAGAAGAAGAAGCCACGUGGUCGUGCCCACAAAAGGUUGCAACACAAUCGCCGUUUCGUCACCGCCGUUGUUGGAUUUGGCAAGAAGAGAGGACCCAACUCGUCUGAGAAGUAGAUGAUCACACUCCUGAAGCUUGAAGUUUUGCCCUGCUGAUGGGUCAUUAGUUUGUACCAGUUCUUCAAUAUCUGCUUUGUUAUCGAUAUUUACCGAUUUGGUUUAUCUAUAGACUAUGUAAUUUUCUCAUUCAUUUCUCAAUCCUAUCGACUUUUGACUAUAUAUAUAUAUAUUUUCGACUUGCAA